UGGAGCGACGCACCACUCUGUGAGAAACAGAUCAGCCAUGAGCCAGCCAAGUUCCCCAUCCUCAAGAUCCACGCCGAAACUCCCCCAGACCCCAACAAAGUCUUUCUGACCAUGAAGAGGCAAAACGUGAGGACCCUUGCCCUGAUUAUAUGCACGUUCACCUACCUGAUAGUCGGCGCGGCGAUUUUCGAUGUGUUGGAAUCCGAAAAGGAGACGAGCACGAGGACAGAGCUGGACCAGACGAAAAGUGAACUUCUCAAGACCUACAAUCUGUCCAAGGACGCCUUCGACCAGCUGGAGAGGGUGGUGCUGCAGCUGAAGCCACACAAAGCUGGGGUGCAGUGGAAAUUCGCCGGGUCUUUUUACUUCGCUAUCACGGUCAUCACAACUAUAGGCUACGGCCAUGCUGCACCCAGCACCGACGGCGGGAAGGCGUUCUGCAUGGCCUACGCCCUGCUGGGCAUCCCCCUCACCCUGGUCAUGUUCCAGAGCCUGGGCGAGCGCAUCAACACCCUGGUCCGCUACCUCCUGCACCGCCUCAAGAAGUGCAUGGGCAUGCGGCGCACCGAGGUGUCCAUGGUCAACAUGGUGAUCAUCGGCUUCGUGUCCUGCAUGAGCACCCUGUGCGUGGGCGCCCUGGCCUUCUCGCAGUUCGAGGGCUGGAGCUUCUUCCACGCCUACUACUACUGCUUCAUCACGCUCACCACCAUCGGCUUCGGCGACUACGUGGCCCUGCAGAAGGACGAGGCGCUGCAGAAGAAGCCCGAGUACGUGGCCUUCAGCUUCAUCUACAUCCUCACGGGCCUGACGGUCAUCGGGGCCUUCCUCAACCUGGUGGUGCUGCGCUUCAUGACCAUGAACGCCGAGGACGAGCGGCGCGACGCCGAGCAGCGGGCGCUCCUGGCCGCCGUCAACGGCCAGGCGGGCGAGCGGCUCCACUGCGUGGUGGACGGCGCCUCCUGCUCCUCCACGCCGUCCGGUUGCGCCGGGGGCAGCGGCGGCGGCGGCGGCAUGGGGAGCAGCAGCGGCGGGCCGGCGAGCCGGGGUCUGCGGAACAUGUACGCGGAGGUGCUCCACUUCCAGUCCAUGUGCUCCUGCCUGUGGUACAAGAGCAGGGAGAAGCUGCAGUACUCCAUCCCCAUGAUCAUCCCCCGGGACCUGUCCUCGUCGGACGCCUACAUGGAGCAGGGCGAGGCCUUCUCAAACCCCCUGCACUCCAACGGGUGCGUGUGCAGCAUGCACCAGCACUCGGGCAUCAGCUCCGUGUCCACGGGGCUGCACAGCAUCAACACCUACAGGGGACUCACCAAGCGCCGCAGCUCCAUCUAGGAGGCCUGGAGGUCCAUUGAUGUCUGGCUGUGGUCCGCCACGUUGAAGUCUCAGGCUGGUUUUAAAGCGCCGGGACGAUGCACCGAUAGAUCCAGCCAGGGCUACUGGGUUUGGGGGGGCGGGCUGCUUGCGAAAGCACAGCUCUGGUUAUCAAAGGAACCCAGUGGAGGAGAUGUUUGCCUCUCUCUGGUAGCAUGGAGUCAGGGCACCUGCUGCCGUACACUGCACUACAAUGAUGCCGCCAGACUUUUGACGAUAUCCAUUGGCUCAUAGGCACGUACCCUUCUGUGCAACUGUGGUUACUGAGCGUGAACUGGUUGAUUAUCUCAGCUGGUUGCUGAGAAAAGUAUGUGCAUUUAUGGCUCAAUAUCUGAAGGCAGGGAAUAACAAGGUUCUGCACCUGAACUAGACACAAAAUAAUAUUCCAAAAAAUAUAAAGACACUACACUGUGAGACAAAAUAUUCACUGACAGAGGGACAUAUAUAUAUAUAGUAUAUAUAGAGCAUAUAUAUACCUUUUUUAUUUGACCAAUUUGUUGGUGAAAUCCUUUUUUCCAAAAAUCCUAAUUAUUAUUCUUAACGAUU